AUGGAUGCUCAAACAAUUUUUCUCUAUCUUUUACUUUUCUUCCUCUCUCUAAACUUCGUGUAUGCAACUCUAAAACGACGGUUGACUCCGGCGAAUACACGGCGGCUAAUCCGUCUCCUUCCGAUCAAAUCCCCGAUCGUCACCGCCGUUUUCGCCAGAAAAGACGUCCACGAGUUUCUUGAUUCUUUGAUCCAAGUAGAUAACAAAGAAGACGGUUUCGAUUUCAAGCCGUACAUGAUCAGCAAAGCAGAGUUAAUAAACAGAGCACUAGACGAAGCCAUUCCACUCAUCGAGCCUCUCAACAUCCACGAGGCAAUGCGUUACGCGAUUCUCGCCGGCGGGAAACGCGUCAGGCCAAUACUCUGCCUCGCCGCCUGCGAGCUAGUUGGAGGAGAAGAGCGUUUAGCGAUUCCCGCGGCUUGUGCGGUUGAGAUGAUUCACACAAUGUCACUCAUCAAAGACGAUCUUCCUUGUAUGGACAACGACGAUCUCCGGCGAGGAAAACCCACCACACACAAAGUCUUCGGAGAAAGCGUCGCCAUUCUCUCCGGCGGUGCACUCUUGGCUCUGGCUUUCGAGGGUUUGACGGAAUCUAACGUCUCACCGGAGAAAAUGGUUCGAGCCGUUAAAGAGCUUGCGAAAUCCAUCGGAACAAAAGGACUCGCGGCGGGACAAGCCAUGGAUUUGAGCAGUGAAGGGUCGGAUCAAAACGACGUCGGAUUAAAGGAACUCAAGUUUAUUCACGUUCAUAAGACCGGUUCGUUGCUUGAAGCAUCGGCGGUUAUCGGAGCGGUUAUUGGUGGUGGAUCGGAGGAAGAGAUUGAGAAAGUGAGAAGCUUUGCGAGGUGUAUUGGAUUGUUGUUUCAGGUGGUUGAUGAUAUUUUGGACGUGACGAGAUCGUCGGAGGAAUUGGGGAAAACCGCCGGGAAAGAUAAGGUCGCCGGAAAGCUGACGUAUCCUAAGGUCUUGGGGAUUGAGAAGUCGAAAGAGUUUGUUCAGAGAUUGAAGAGAGAUGCAAGAGAACAUCUUAAAGGGUUUGAUUCGGACAAAGUGAAACCUUUGAUAGCUCUUGCUGACUUCAUUGCCAACAGAAAUAACUGA